AUGUCGCCAGCUGAUUCGUCACGCGAGGAAAAUGUAUACAUGGCCAAAUUGGCCGAACAGGCUGAGCGCUACGAGGAAAUGGUUGAGUUUAUGGAGAAGGUAGCAAAGACAAUCAGUACGGAGGAGUUGACUAUCGAGGAAAGGAACCUCCUCUCUGUGGCAUACAAAAACGUUAUUGGUGCUAGAAGGGCUUCAUGGAGAAUCAUCUCUUCCAUCGAGCAGAAAGAAGAGAGUCGUGGGAAUGAGGAUCAUGUCAAUGUAAUUAAGGAGUAUAGGGGUAAGAUUGAGGCUGAGCUCAGCAAGAUCUGUGAUGGGAUUUUGAGCCUUCUCGAAUCCCACCUCAUUCCCUCAGCUUCAUCUGCCGAGUCCAAGGUGUUUUACCUGAAGAUGAAAGGUGAUUACCACAGGUAUUUGGCUGAGUUCAAGACAGGGGCUGAGAGGAAGGAAGCCGCUGAGAGUACUUUGGUAGCAUACAAGUCGGCUCAGGAUAUUGCAUUGGCAGACUUGGCUCCCACUCAUCCAAUCAGGCUGGGACUUGCACUGAACUUCUCUGUUUUUUAUUAUGAAAUCCUUAACUCACCAGAUCGUGCUUGCAACCUUGCUAAGCAGGCUUUCGAUGAAGCCAUUGCUGAGCUAGACACAUUGGGUGAGGAAUCGUACAAGGACAGCACAUUGAUCAUGCAACUUCUUCGAGACAAUCUCACUCUUUGGACUUCUGAUAUAACGGAUGAUGCUGGGGACGAGAUCAAGGACGCUUCGAAACCUGAAUCUGGUGAGGAACAGCAGUGA